AUGUCAAAAUCUGAAGAAUUUAUGGAAAAUUUCUGGAAAGAUAUGGCAGAAAAAGGCUCUUAUUCUUAUGGAAGUGAAAGGAUUGCCCCUCUUGAUUUGGGGAAAUUAUUUGGAAUAGAAAGUGGAAGUAGUGGUGGUGGAGGUGGAGGAGGGGGAGGAGGGGAUAAUAAUCCUUUAGCUGGAUUAUUUUCUCUUUUUGGAAGGCGCUGAUGAUUUUGUUGAUUCUGGUGAUGAAAUUGAUUUUAAUUUUAAGGAUAUUUAUGGUUUUUAGUGAAUUUAUGAGGUUGGCAAAUAUAAAAAGAUUGGAUAUUCUAUAUAUGAAUGUCCAACAUAUAUCCAGAAAUAUGAGAUACCGAUCUGUCAACUUAAUAUACACGAUUAUUUUUAUAGA